ACUGUUUUCCACAGCGGCUGUACCAUUAUCCAUUCCCACCAGCAGAGCACAGGGAUUCCAGUUUCUUCACACAGGAGAUGUUUUGCUGGAGGUGUUAGCAGGAAGGUAACCAGCUUUUAGAGCUGUUCCUCUUUGAUCUGCUACAGAGGUAUAAAACCUUAAAGAACCCGUGAGAAGUUUCUACAAUGGUGGGCUCAGCUCUCAGGAGAGGUUCUCAUGCGUAUGUCUACCUGGUGAGUAAGGCUGGUCACAUCUCCAGAGGCCAUCAGCAUCAGGCCUGGGGCUCGAGGCCUGCUGCAUUAGAGUGUGUUGCCCAAAAAGCCCCAGGCAGUGUGGUGGAGCUGCUGGGCAAAUCCUACCCUCAGGACAACCACAGCAACCUCACUCAGAAGGUCCUCGCCAGGGUUGGCCGGAACCUGCACAACCAGCAGCAUCACCCUCUGUGGCUGAUCAAGGAGCGGGUAAAGGACCACUUCUACAGACAGUAUGUGGGCCGCUCCGGGACCCCGUUAUUCUCUGUCCACGACAACCUUUCCCCAGUGGUCACGACCUGGCAGAACUUUGACAGCCUACUCAUCCCAGCUGAGCACCCCAGCAGGAAGAAGGGGGACAACUAUUACCUGAAUCAGACUCACAUGCUGAGAGCGCACACAUCUGCACACCAGUGGGACUUGCUGCACGCAGGGCUGGAUGCCUUCCUGGUGGUGGGUGAUGUCUACAGGCGUGACCAGAUUGACUCCCAGCACUACCCUGUUUUCCACCAGUUGGAGGCUGUGCGGCUCUUCUCCAAGCAUGAGUUAUUUGCUGGUAUAGAGGAUGGAGAAAGCCUGCAGCUCUUUGAACAAAGUUCUCGCUCUGCACAUAAACAAGAGACUCACACCAUGGAGGCCAUGAAGCUUGUAGAGUUUGAUCUUAAGCAAACGCUUACCAGACUCAUAACACAUCUUUUUGGAGAUGGGCUGGAGGUGAGAUGGGUAGACUGCCACUUUCCUUUUACGCAUCCUUCCUUUGAGAUGGAGAUCAACUUCCAUGGAGAAUGGCUGGAAGUUCUUGGCUGCGGGGUGAUGGAGCAACAACUGGUCAAUUCAGCUGGUGCUCAAGACCGAAUCGGCUGGGCUUUUGGCCUAGGAUUAGAAAGGCUAGCCAUGAUUCUCUAUGACAUCCCUGAUAUCCGUCUCUUCUGGAGUGAGGACGAGCGUUUCCUGAAGCAGUUCCGUGUAGCUAACAUUAAUCAGAAGGUGAAGUUUCAGCCUCUUAGCAAAUAUCCUGCCCUGAUAAACGAUAUUUCAUUCUGGUUGCCCUCUGAGACUUACGCAGAGAAUGAUUUCUAUGACUUAGUCCGAACAAUUGGAGGAGACCUGGUGGAAAAGGUUGAUCUCAUAGACAAGUUUGAACAUCCAAAGACGCACAGGACCAGCCACUGCUACCGCAUCACCUACCGCCAUAUGGAACGGACUCUGUCCCAGAAAGAGGUCAGGCACAUCCAUCGGGCUGUGCAGGAGGCUGCAGUCCAGCUGUUGGGUGUGGAGGGCAGGUUCUGAUGUCACCGCUCCACCCAGGCCGAAGCCCUCUUGGGGCUCCAGGAUUUGCUGAAAGAGAAAAAGAUACGGUUUUUGAACUGGGGCAUCAUUUGUCUUUCGAUAAAUGGAUCGGUUUUAGGACUUUCAGAAAAUAAAAGAUCACUCUUGAAAAGCU